AUUUAUCAAAAACCAAGCUGAAUUGAAUAAUCAUUUUGACUAAUUAAUUGUAUGGUUGCUAAUUUUUAAUUUCCUUCUUUUUCUUGACGAAGAAGCAAUAUGGUUAUAUUUAGUUGCUUUUACAAAAACACCCUUGAGAGAAAAACCCUACAUAUACUUCUCCCACCAUUUCUCUUCCGGAAAACGACAAAAACCCUAAAAGCUUAAUCACACUUCGAAAAUGUCCUCCGCCGUCGCCGCCGUCCGUCCUCUAGUAACCGUCCAAUCUCUAGACGGCGAUAUGAUCACAAAUCAAACCACCACAAUACCUCUUCCCGAUGUAAUGAAAGCACCAGUUCGUCCCGACCUUGUGAACCAUGUCCACGCUCAGAUAUCAAAAAACAGUCGCCAACCUUACGCCGUCUCAAAACUCGCCGGUCAUCAAACUUCCGCCGAGUCUUGGGGUACAGGACGAGCCGUAUCACGUAUCCCUCGUGUUGCCGGAGGUGGUACUCACCGCGCCGGUCAAGCAGCUUUGGGAAACAUGUGUCGUAGUGGUCGAAUGUUUGCUCCGACGAAGACUUACCGUCGUUGGCAUCGACGUGUCAAUAUCAAUUUGAAACGACACGCGAUUGUAUCGGCGAUUGCUGCGACGUCUGUUCCGGCUCUAGUGAUGGCUCGUGGACAUAAGAUUGAGAAUGUUCCUGAGUUUCCUUUAGUGGUUAGUGAUUAUGUUGAGUCUGUUGAGAAAACUAGUGAUGCGGUUAAGGUUUUGCAACAGAUUGGUGCGUAUGCUGAUGCAGAGAAGGCUAAAGAUAGUAUUGGGAUUAGGUCUGGUGUAGGUAAAAUGAGAAAUCGCCGAUAUGUAUCUCGAAAAGGUCCGUUGAUUGUGUAUGGAAAUGAAGGAGCUAAGUUGGUUAAAGCGUUUAGGAACAUUCCUGGGAUUGAUUUGUGUCAUGUAGAGAGAUUGAGUUUGCUUAAAUUAGCUCCUGGUGGUCAUUUAGGUAGAUUUGUUGUGUGGACUAAAUCGGCUUUCGAGAAGUUGGAAUCGGUUUAUGGUUCGUUUGAGAAGUCUUCGGAGAUGAAGAAAGGUUAUGUUUUACCUAGGGCGAAGAUGGUUAAUGCUGAUUUGGCUAGGAUUAUUAAUUCGGAUGAGGUUCAGAGUGUUGUUAGACCGAUUGAGAUGGAUGUGAAGAGAGCUGUGUUGAAGAAGAAUCCUCUUAAGAAUUUGAAUGUGAUGUUGAAGCUUAACCCUUAUGCGAAGACUGCGAGGAGAAUGUCUUUGUUGGCUGAAGCUGAGAGAGUGAAGUCGAAAAACGAGAAGCUUGAGAGGAAGAGAAAACCCAUCUCAAAGGAGGAGGCAAUGAAGAUCAAAGCAGCAGGAAAAGCGUGGUACAGGACUAUGAUAUCGGACAGUGACUACACUGAGUUUGACAACUUCACCAAGUGGCUCGGUGUGGAACAUAGAGGACAGAACAAAAAAACAGAAGUCAAUGUGGGUAUUGUAACAGAUGUCGGGAUGAUGCAUUCAGACAUUGAAAUGCUCUGCAUCAACAUGUCUCUUGCAGAUUUCUACUCUUCUCGUCCCCAUUUUCGGACAAGGAUUGUCGUCGAUGUCGGCGACUCAAAAAAGGACGUUGUAGGUGCUGCAGCUGCAGGUCUUGAGCUGCUCAAGAACAAUGAAGUGAAAGCGAUUUUGGGGCCAUGGAGUUCAAUGCAAGCUCAUUUCUUAAUCGAGAUUGGCCAAAAAUCCCGGGUUCCGGUUGUUUCUUACUCUGCAACAAGCCCAUUUCUUACUUCUCUUCGUAGUCCAUACUUCUUUCGUGCUACAUACGAAGACUCCUUUCAAGUGUACACCAUAAGAGCUAUCAUCAAGUUGUUUGGUUGGAGGGAAGCCGUGCCUGUUUAUAUCGACAACAGCUUUGGAGAAGGUAUAAUGCCUCGUCUCACCGAUGCAUUACAAGAGAUUAAUGUUCGAAUACCUUACAGAUCUGUCAUUGCGUCCAAUGCCACAGAUCAUGAAAUCUCUGUGGAGCUUCUUAAGAUGAUGACUAUGCCCACAAGAGUGUUCAUUGUACACAUGUACUCUUCUCUUGCCUCAAGAGUCUUCAUUAAAGCUAGGGAAAUUGGUUUGAUGAAACCAGGAUAUGUGUGGAUCCUUACCAAUGGCGUAACCGAUGAAUUGAAUUGGAUAAGUGAGACAGGUAUUGAGGCUAUGGAGGGGGUAUUGGGUGUUAAAACUUAUAUUCAGAAAUCCAGAGAACUUGAAAAUUUUAGAUCUCGUUGGAGGAAGAAAUUUUCACGGAUGGAGCUGAAUGUCUAUGGAUUGUGGGCUUAUGAUGCUAUCACCGCACUGGCGAUAGCCAUUGAAGAAGCUGGAACAAAUAACUUGACUUUCAGUAAUGUGGAUCUUGGAAGGAAUGUUUCUGAACUUGAAGUUCUUGCUUUAUCUCAAUAUGGUCCAAAGCUUCUCCAGACACUCUCAACAAUUCAGUUCAAAGGACUUGCAGGAGAUUUCCGUUUUAUCAAGGGACAACUGCAACCAUCGGUGUUUGAGAUUGUUAAUGUGAUUGGAAAUGGAGAAAGGUCGAUAGGAUUCUGGACCGAGGAAAAUGGUCUUGUAAAGAAACUAAACCAGCAACCGAAGAGCAUGAACGCUUUAUCUACUUGGAAAGACCAUCUUAAAAACAUUCUAUGGCCUGGAGAGGCUGAUUCUGUUCCCAAAGGAUGGGAGAUGCCGACAAAUGGGAAGAAGUUGCGCAUUGGGGUUCCAAAGAGAACCGGUUACACCGAUCUUGUGAAAGUCACAAGGGAUCCUAUCACCAAUUCACCAGUAGUCACAGGUUUCUGCAUUGAUUUCUUUGAGGCUGUGAUUCGAGCAAUGCCUUAUGACGUUUCGUAUGAGUUCAUUCCGUUCGAGAAACCCAAUGGUAAACCAGCCGGUAAUUAUGAUGAUUUGGUCCACCAAGUGUACCUCGGGAGAUAUGAUGCUGUUGUGGGAGAUACAACCAUACUGGCGAACAGGUCCGCUUACGUCGACUUCACAUUCCCAUUCUUUAAAUCAGGCGUAGGAUUAAUCGCCCCCAUUAAAGACCAAGUGAAACGAGACAGUUUCACUUUCUUGAAACCUUUGUCAUGGAAUCUAUGGUUUACUUCCUUCGUCUUCUUCUUCCUUGUUGGAAUUACUGUUUGGGCUCUUGAACAUAGGGUUAACCCGGACUUCCGUGGACCUGCUAAUUACCAAGCUAGUACUAUCCUCUGGUUUGCCUUCUCUACCAUGGUUUUUGCUCCAAGAGAAAGAGUGUUUAGCUUCGGGGCUAGGUUCCUGGUUAUCGCAUGGUACUUCGUUGUUCUCGUGUUGACUCAGAGUUAUACAGCCAGUUUGGCAUCGCUUUUGACAUCACAACAACUUCAUCCAACCAUAACCAGCAUGAGUAGCUUGCUUGAGAGAGGAGAAACAGUGGGUUAUCAGAGAACAUCCUUCAUUCUUGGAAAGCUUAAAGAAACAGGUUUCUCGCAAUCUAGCCUUGUUCCCUUUGACACCUCUGAAGAAUGCAACGAGCUUUUGAGGAAAGGACCAGAAAAAGGCGGUGUGUCUGCAGCUUUCUUGGAAAUACCUUACUUGAGACUCUUCCUUGGACAAUAUUGCAACACUUAUAAAAUGGUUGAAGAACCCUUCAAUAUCGAUGGAUUUGGCUUCGUUUUUCCGAUCGGAUCACCUAUGGUGGCCGAUGUUUCAAGGGCUAUCUUAAAAGUAGCAGAGUCACCAAAGGCGAUGGAGCUUGAGCGCGCAUGGUUCAAGAAGAAAGAAGAACGUUGUCCAGACCCAGUCACUAAUCCAGAUCCAAAUCCAUCUUUUACCUCUCGGCAGCUCGGUGUAGACAGUUUCUGGCUUCUAUUUCUUGUUGUAUUUGUUGUGUGCAUUCUAACACUCGGAAAAUUCACAUUAUGUUUCCUUUGGAAGAGCAAAGGGAAUGAUUUGUGGGAAGAGUUUCAACAACCAGACAAUGAUUCCUACAUUAACAAGAGCUCGAUUCUGUUUGUCAUGAUGUUUGGUAGCAUCUAUCCUAUCACAGGCGAAAGCCUCUUUUCUGAAGAAGAAGAAAACCAUGAGAUCUACAGAGAGAUCUAUGGUGAUCCAAUCUAUGACACAUAUGCAGAUGAUGUCAUACAUAUUGAUUACGUUUUCCCAGAAGAUGCUUUCGAGAAUCUGACUCGUGAAGAGGCAUUGAAGAUCACAUCAGCAGGAAAAACCUGCAGAGGACAGAACAACGGCAAAACCCAAGUCAACGUCGGUGUUGUAACAGAUGUCGGUACUUCACACUCGGAGGUUGCCAUGCGCUGCAUCAACAUGUCUCUUGCUGAUUUCUACUCUUCCCGUCCCCAGUUUCAGACAAGGCUUGUCGUCAACGUUGGUGACUCCAAAAAGGACGUUGUUGGUGCCGCAACUGCAGGUUCCUGUUGUUUCCUAUUCUGCAACAAGCCCAUUUCUUACUCCCUUCGUAGCCGAUACUUCUUGCGUGCUACGUACGAAGACUCUUCUCAAGUGCAGGCCAUAAAAUCUAUCAUCAAAUUGUUUGGGUGGAGAGAAGUUGUGCCAGUUUACAUCGACAACACCUUCGGAGAAGGUAUAAUGCCUCGUCUCACCGAUGCAUUACAAGAUAUUAAUGUUCGGAUACCUCAUAGAUCCGUUAUCGUUCCCAAUGCCACGGAUCAAGAAAUCUCCGUAGAACUUCUUAAGAUGAUGACCAUGCCCACAAGAGUGUUUAUUGUCCACAUGUCCUCUUCUCUUGCCUCAAGAUUCUUCAUUAAAGCAAAGGAGAUUGGUUUGAUGAAACCAGGAUAUGUCUGGAUCCUUACCAAUGGAGUUAUCGAUGGCUUAAGGUCGAUAAAUGAGACGGGUAUUGAGGCUAUGGAGGGGGUAUUGGGUAUUAAAACUUAUAUUCAAAAAUCCAAAGAUCUAGACAUGUUUAGAUCACGGUGGAAGAGGAGAUUCCCACAGAUGGAGCUGAAUGUCUAUGGAUUGUGGGCUUAUGAUGCUACCACUGCAUUGGCCAUGGCCAUUGAAGAAGCUGGAAUAAAUAACAUGACUUUCAGUAAUGUGGAUACAGGGAGAAAUGUUUCCGAACUUGAUGCUCUUGGUUUAUCUCAAUUCGGUCCAAAGCUUCUCGAGACGCUCUCAAAAGUUCAAUUCAGAGGACUUGCAGGAGACUUCCGUUUUGUCAGCGGGCAACUGCAACCAUCGGUGUUUGAAAUUGUCAAUAUGGUCGGGGCCGGAGAAAGAUCAAUAGGAUUCUGGACAGAGGGAAAUGGUCUUGUGAAGAAACUUGACCAAGAACCACGAAGCAUAGGUACUUUAUCCACUUGGCAAGAUCAUCUUAAGCUUAUAAUAUGGCCCGGAGAGGCUAAUUCUGUUCCCAAAGGAUGGGAGAUCCCGACUAAUGGGAAGAAGUUGCGCAUUGGAGUUCCCAAGAGAAUCGGUUUCACUGAUCUCGUGAAGGUCACAAGGGAUCCUAUCACCAAUUCAACUGUAGUCACAGGUUUCUGCAUAGAUUUUUUUGAGGCUGUGAUUCAAGCAAUGCCUUAUGACGUCUCUUAUGAGUUCAUUCCUUUUGAAACACCUGACGGUAAACCAGCCGGUAAUCACAAUGACUUGGUCCAGCAAGUGUACCUCGGGAGGUACGAUGGGGUCGUGGGAGAUACAACAAUAUUGGCGAACAGGUCCUCUUACGUUGACUUCACUCUCCCAUUCAUUAAAUCAGGUGUUGGAAUGAUCGUCCCAAUGAGAGACGAAGUGAAAAGAGACGAAUUCAGCUUCUUGAAACCUUUGUCGAUCGAACUAUGGUCUUUUUCUUCCUUGUUUCAAUCUCUGUUUGGACUCUUGAACAUAGGGUUAAUCCGGACUUCCGUGGACCGGCUAAUUACCAAGCUAGUACCAUCUUCUGGAGAGAGAGUGUUUAGCUUCUGGGCGAGGGCCCUGGUUGUCACAUGGUACUUCCUCGUUCUUGUGUUAACUCAGAGUUACACAGCCAGUUUGGCGUCGCUUUUGACAUCACAGCAACUACAUCCAACCAUAACCAGCAUGAGUAGCUUGCUUCAUAAAGGAGAAACAAUCGGUUAUCAGAGAACAUCCUUCAUCCUUGGAAAGCUUAAUGAAACAGCUUUCUUGGGAUUACCUUACUCGAGACUCUUUCUUGGACAAUAUUGCAAAGCUUAUAAAAUGGUUGAAGAACCCUUCAACGUUGAUGGAUUCGGCUUUGUUUUUCCAAUCGGAUCACCUCUGGUGGCCGAUGUUUCAAGGGCCAUUUUAAAAGUAGCAGAGUCUCCAAAAGCAAUGGAGCUCGAGCACGCAUGGUUCAAGAAGAAAGAACAAAGUUGUCCUGAUCCAGUUAUCAAUCCAGAUUCAAAUCCAUCUGUUACCUCUAUACAGCUCGGCGUACGCAGUUUCUGGUUUUUGUUUCUUGUUGUAUUUGUUGUGUGCGUUCUAGCACUCGGAAAAUUCACAUUCUGUUUCCUAUGGAAGACAAAAGGGAAAGAUUUGUGGAAAGAGUUUCAAGAACGAGACACCGACUCGUACAUCAACCACGUAGAGAAAUGUCCGUGUUCAUCAAGUCGACAGAUGCCUGAGAACAGCAAUAAUGCCACCAACCAGACAAACAACGGUAAUGAGUUAAGAGUUAGGAAGGCACAAGUAAACAUCAUCUCUCAAGAGUCACAAGGGGCUGUGAUUCAAGCAAUGCCUUAUGACGUCUCUUAUGAGUUCGUUCCUUUUGAAAAACCUGACGGUAAACCAGCCGGUAAUCACAACGACUUGGUCCAGCAAGUGUACCUCAGGAGAUAUGAUGCGGUGGUGGGAGAUACAACCAUACUGGCGAACAGGUCCUCUUACGUUGACUUCACUCUCCCAUUCAUUAAAUCAAGUGUUGGAAUGAUCGUCCCGAUGAGAGACGAAGUGAAAAGAGACAUAUUCAGUUUCUGGAAACCUUUGUUUAAUCUGGACUUCCGUGGACCGCCUAAUUACCAAGCUAGUACCAUCUUCUGGUUUGCCUUCUCUACCAUGGUUUUUGCUCCAACUAGCUUGGCGUCGCUUUUGACAUCACAACAACUAAAUCCAACCAUAACCAGCAUGAGUAGCUUGCUUCAUAAAGGAGAACAGUCGGUUAUCAGAGAACAUCCUUCAUCCUUGGAAAGCUUAAUGAAUCAGGUUUCGCACAAUCUAGCCUUGUGCCUUUUGAUACCGCUGAAGAAUGCGACGAGCUUCUGGAAAAAAGGACCAAAAAGGGGUGGUAUUUCUGCAGCUUUCUUGGGAAUACCUUACUUGAGACUCUUUCUUGGACAAUAUUGCAACACUUACAAAAUGGUUGAAGAACCCUUCAAUGUUGAUGGAUUCGGCUUUGUUUUUCCAAUCGGAUCACCUCUAGUGGCCGAUGUUUCAAGGGCCAUCUUAAAAGUAGCAGAGUCUCCAAAGGCGAUGGAGCUCGAGCACGCAUGGUUCAAUAAGAAAGAACAAAGUUGUCCUGAUCCAAUUACCAAUUCAGAUUCAAAUCCAUCUGUUACCUCUAUACAGCUCGGCACAAAAGGGAAAGAUUUGUGGAAAGAGUUUCUAAAACGAGACCCCGACUCGUACAUCAACGACAUAGAGAAAUGUUUGUGUUCUCGAGAGAUGCCUGAGAACAGCAAUAGAGCAACAAACGAGAAGGCUAAAGAUAGUAUUGGGAUUAGAUCUGGUGUAGGUAAAAUGAGGAAUCGUAGGUAUGUUUCCCGAAAAGGUUCGUUGAUUGUGUAUGGAAAUGAAGGAGCUAAGGUUGUUAAAGCGUUUAGGAACAUUCCUGGGAUUGAUUUGUGUCAUGUAGAGAGAUUGAGUUUGCUUAAAUUAGCUCCUGGUGGUCAUUUAGGUAGAUUUGUUGUGUGGACUAAAUCGGCUUUCGAGAAGUUGGAAUCGGUUUAUGGUUCGUUUGAGAAGCCGUCGAAGAUGAAGAAAGGAGGAGACAAUGAAGAUCAAAGCAGCAGAAAAAGCGUGGUACCAGACUAUGAUAUCGGACAGUGACUACACUGAGUUUGACAACUUCACCAAGUGGCUCGGUAUGGAACAGUAAUAAUCCGCAACCUUAGGU